UCUUUUUUCUCUGAAGUGGGUACAUCAGAUCCACCAGGGGCAAGCUGUGUUGACCACCAUUACAUCUUCCUUUGUUCUCCAUUAUCUCUGGGAAGAUGGCUCCGCAGAUCCCCAGAGGCCUUUGGACAGCAGCUGUGAUGGUGAUGCUUGUGGUGCUGAGCACCCCAGUGGCUGAGGGCAGAGACUCUCCACAGGAUUUCGUGGUCCAGUUUAUGGGCCAGUGCUACUUCACCAACGGGACGGAGCACGUGCGGUACGUGACCAGAUACAUCUACAACCGGGAGGAGUACGUGCGCUUCGACAGCGACGUGGGGGAGUACCGGGCGCUGACCGAGCUGGGACGGCCGGAAGCCGAGUACUGGAACGGACAGAAGGACAUCCUGGAGGGGACGCGGGCCGAGCUGGACAGGGUGUGCCGACCCAACUACCAGUUGGAGUUCCCCGCCUUGGAGCGCCGAGUGGAACCCAGAGUGACCAUCUCCCCAUCCAGGACAGAGGCUCUAAACCACCACAACCUGCUGGUCUGCUCGGUGACAGAUUUCUAUCCAGGCCAGAUCAAAGUUCGAUGGUUCCGGAAUGGCCAGGAGGAGACAGCCGGUGUUGUAUCCACUCCUCUUAUUAGGAACGGUGACUGGACCUUCCAGAUCCUUGUGAUGUUGGAAAUGACUCCCCAGCGAGGAGAUGUCUACACCUGCCACGUGGAGCACCCCAGCCUCCAGAGCCCCAUCACAGUGGAGUGGCAGGCGCAGUCUGAAUCUGCCCAGAGCAAGAUGCUGAGUGGCGUCGGGGGCUUCAUGCUGGGGCUGAUCUUCCUUGGGCUGGGCCUUAUCAUCCAUCACAGGAGCCAGAAAGGGCUCUUGCGCUGACACCUGAGGAUACUUUGACUGGGAUUUGUUUUCGUUCUUCUGUAAUGCCUGCUUGUCCUUGCUCAGAAUUCCCAGCUGCCUGUGUCAGCUUAUCCCCCUCUCAGAUCAGAGUCCUACAGUGACUCUGUUGCAGUCUCCAGGCCACCUCCUGUGACCCUUACCUUGAGGAUCUGAUUGUGAUACUGCUUCCUGCACUGACCCCAGAGCUCUGCCUGUGCAGUUGCUGCCAGCAGCAUCUACUUGGGUCUCAAGGGGUUUUUCUGUGUCCAUUCUCCCCCCACAGACUGUACAAGAGAAGCACAUUGAAGCCAUUUACCUGACUAUAGAGCCUUUAUCAUAAAUAAACAUGAUUAUGAGUUAUGUGUA